AUGCAGAAUCAAGAACCGCAAUUGUCGCAAGUCACCGUACCGCCGCCGAAAAUGCCAGCUUCAUCAAGUCGCAUUCUUUACGACAUCCCCUGCAAGGUUUGCAGAGAUCACUCUUCGGGCAAGCAUUACGGUAUUUUUGCAUGCGACGGAUGCGCCGGUUUCUUCAAAAGAUCGAUCAGGAGAAAUCGGCAGUACGUGUGUAAAGCGAAAUCCGAGGGGGGUUGCAUGGUAGACAAAACCCAUCGUAAUCAAUGUCGUGCUUGCAGAUUAGCGAAAUGUAUUCAGGCCGGUAUGAAUAAGGAUGCUGUGCAACAUGAACGGGGUCCGCGGAACUCGACGAUUCGCAGGCAAAUGGCUUUAUACCUCAAGGAACCCGAAGUAAUAAUGCCGCCAGCGGCUUUGAAUCUGGCUUUACCGAAACCGUCGGCUGAAUCGCGCGUUUCCGUGGCUGCACCGCCGACCCAUCCCCCUUUACCGCAUCCUGUUUAUUGCAACGCUUUAGCGAUGUCGAAAUUUCCGCUAAACAUGGCGAGUUUCUCGACGAUAUCGCUAAUGCCGCCGAUCACCUCGGAGUCGAUCUGCGAGCAAGCGGCGCGGAUACUCUUCUUCAACGUGCACUGGACGCGAGACUUGGUGACGGGCACGAAUCUUACUCUGGAGGACCAGCUGACGCUACUGGAGUCCUCCUGGCGCGAACUCUUCUUGCUGGCCGCCGCACAGUUAAUGCCAACUCUCGACCCGACGCCGUUGCUGCCGCCGACGCCGACUACUCACAGCAUCGAGUUGGCGGUCGAGGUGAAUCGCUUUCGCGAGACUUUGGCCGGCUUUCACGGGAUGAGCCUGGACCAUCAGGAGUUCAGCUACAUCAGGGCGAUAGUGCACUUCAAGGCAGGCCUGGACUGCGAGCCGGUCUCCAGCGGCCACAACAACGGCAGUGACACCAGCUCGCCCGGCGUCGCGAAUCGGCUGAGGAAUCCGUCCGCGGUGGCGCGAUUGAGGGAUAGUGCCCAAUUGGCGUUGGGCCAACGGCUGAGCGGUGCCUCCUACGGCGUCCUCAGGUUCGGCAAGGUACUACUGCUCUUGCCCUCCUUGCGUUCCGUCUCCGCUGACGCCAUCGCCGAGCUCUUCUUUAAGAGCACGAUCGGCGCGAUCCCGAUCGNUUGA